AUGACCUCUGUGUCGUCUUCUCCUAACGGUGCUAAUAAACCGUGGUUUUGUACAAACGAACGCCUACACUGGGAGUUUUUUGGUAAGAAACAACAAGGAACAGUUCAACCACGCGACGACGGGGUUGACAAACCACAAGAAGCAAACAUAAAACAAAAGCAACAAGAAGCGAACAAAAAGCAAAGUUCCGCUCCGGAAGAUAAAACAAGGCAAGCAUAUUUACAAAGUGUUCAUUUCUUUUUGCAAAAACGAAUAUGCGACGAAGAACAAGAAGAUAUAGAACUUGAAGAAGACUUCAUCUUGGAGGAUGAAGCACUUGAACCAGAACCACCAUUGUAUGACUCUCCGGGACCUAUUUUUAUGGACUCAGAAGGAAGCCCUAAAAGCGAGGAGAAAAGAACGGAAGAUGAAAGUAAUUCAGAAGAAGCAGAAGAUAGUAACGAAAAAUCAGAGGCAGCCAAAAGUGAAGACGAUGUCGACAUAGACGAAGAAGAAGGUAUUUCUAUUCGUAAAUUUACACGAAGGACAAGGUCUAGGGUAAUAAUUACACCAAAAAAACCUCAGACACGAAAGUCUCAGCGAAAGGCAUCACGAUCGAAAGAUGAGGAAUCAGAAAAUAAUUUCAAAGGUCGUGAUAUAGUAUUCGUUGAUCCAUUGGAUGAUAAAGCAGAAUUUUGGUGGCCUGCGAUGAUCGUUCCACAAAAUGAAAUUGACGAAUCGAUGGACGUUGAUGGGAAACUUGAAGAAAAUUUGCUUUCCGGAAAAUUUCUUGUAAGAUAUUUUGAGGAUAUGACAUAUUCGGUAGUCGAACAAAAAGGUCUGAAGCACUUUAUUCCAGAUGAAGAACCUUAUCUCACAUUUAAAAAUAAUAGUGAUAAAUUUUCAAGUCAUAUUGGGGUUCGUAGGGCAAUGCAAUGUAAAGGGAAAGGAGAACCAAAUAAAUCUUUUAAAUGGGACUAUUGGAAGAGGCCAAUAGAGGAAAAUCAAGAACACAUUCCAGUUCCAACCACAACGUCAAAUACCAAGAGAAGAGCAAGUACAUAUAAAAGUGGAUCAAAAUCCAAUUAUAAAAGUUUAGAAGUCGAAGUAAUAGUUCCACCAUCAAGAAUUCGUUCAAGAAAAAAUAAGUCUCCAGUACGACGUAAUAGUUCAACAAGGAGCAAAUCUUCAAUAACAAAUGGUGGUAAUAAAAAUUCUCAAUUUUCUCAUGAAGCCGAACCAUCUGAAGAAGAAAGCGCUAUAGAUGUAUAUAUAGUAAAUCCACCUAAACCACCAUUAUUAGGUCGUAGACGAAAAUCUGAAAUUGAGAACAGUGAUUCCUUGAUUAAUGAUACAAUAAAAGACUCAAAUAACAAUAUGAAAGCUGAAAUUGUAGAUAAAGAAGAAAAAAAAUCAAAUAAAAGUUCAAAAAGACGACGCAGCAGUCUGACAGAUAUAUCAGAUGAUGGAGAACAAAACUCUAAUAAUAAUUCAAGAAAUCGUAAACUUAAACGUACUUCUGCGGGCGAAUCAAUGGAUGAAGAACCUAUGGUCCCCCCACCAACAACACCUGAUACAACGUCUACAAUGGUUGAAACAAUAACGGAAUUGCCUAUGGAAAUAGCAGAAAAUUUAAUUGAAAGUUCGACCGAACCAGAACAUUCUGAACAAAUCGAACAAGGCAAUGAACCGUUAAUAGAAAUUAUGGAGGAAGAUCAUGUACCAUCUACGGCAGCACCAUUGACCUCACCCUCAUCGACCUCACCCCCUUUAACCAUUGAAGACCUAAGUGAAGAAGCUCAGAUUAAUAUUGCUAAGUUUAAUUUUGAUGAUCCCACAUUAGAUCCGGAGGCUAAGGAAAAAUUAUAUGAUGAUGCAGAGGAAGAACUUAGAUCUUUAAUGAAAGAGUGGCGUGUUCUUAAUAGAAAUAUUCGUAAAGCGGAGAAGGAGCUAUUAUCUAAAAGAACGAGAAAAUUGAGAAAUAAUGAAGGGCCCGAAGAUGAUAAUAUAGAAACUGAAGAUGAUGAGGGAGAUUCCAAUGGACAUGUAGACAAUAGUGUAGAGUUGGUAGAUUCAAGCGAAAAUGAAAACUAUAAUGAAGAUGAUGAGGAAGAUGAGGAAAUACAAGUAGUUACUCGAAGUCUUUCGCAAAGAAAGCUGAGUGAAGAUACUAAAAUGUCAAAAGGCAAGCGCACGUUGAAAAAAAUAUAG